AUGCGCACAGAGUUGCCUAUCGUCUCAUUUAUCUGCACCGUGCUGGUGCUCAUUCCUCUGCCAUGGCACUGGCGAGCGCGCAACACCGCGACGCUCUCAAUCAUCUUCUGGCUGACCGCCAUCAACUUUACUCGAGGCGUGAAUGCGAUCGUAUGGGGAGGCAAUAUAAUAAACAAAGUUCCAGUUUGGUGCGAUAUCACUGCGAAACUGGUCAUUGGUGCCAAUGUUGCGCUCCCAGCUUCAACACUAUGCAUUUGCCGAUAUCUCGCGCAGGUCGCAUCACCUCGUCAUACGAUCGCUAACGCCUCAGACAAGCGUCGACGAAUGAUAUUUGAGAUUGGCAUGUGUGCGGUGCUCCCUGCUGUUGCGAUGGCUCUUCAUUAUGUGGUUCAAGGCCAUCGAUUUGAUAUUCUUGAAGAUUUUGGAUGCAAUCCCACCACCUAUGUAUCAGUCGCGGCUCUCUUUAUCGUUUAUUUGCCGCCGCUCAUUCUUGCUCUCGGAACGCUGAUUUAUGCCGGUAUUGCUCUGCGUUGGUUUGUUCAUCGCCGGGCCCAAUUCCAGGCCGUCUUACAGUCCAACCAAUCGGGCCUUACGACUGGACGCUACCUCCGCUUGAUUGCGCUUUCCAUCACUGAGAUGUUGUUCGCGACAGCAAUGACUCUCUUUAUCCUGGUUGUGACUGUCGAAGACAACGGUAUUCGACCGUGGGUCUCCUGGGACUUUGUUCAUGCUGAUUGGAUGCGCGUCGACCAAUACGCCAAAAUCCUCGCCCCUCAAUACUUCUGGGACCGAUACCUUCUUACGUGGUACAUCAUCCCCAUCACUUCGGUCAUUUUCUUCGCGUUCUUUGGAUUCGGGCAAGAAGCCAAAGCGGAAUAUGUCAAAUACUUCAACUGGGUCAAGACCCGUAUUUUCCGUAUCAAGCCCAAGGCGCAGCCCGUCCUGCCUGUUUCGGCGCGUGGCGGUAUUAAUACUAUUAGCUCUACCAUGAGCACCCCUGCCGUUAUCAAGCUGCAGACCGAGACCACGGUAUCCCGGACAUCGGAGAAAUGGGACGAUGCUCCUCCAUCUUCCCUGCAUACCAGUUCACGAGCUCCCUCUCCAUCUGCCAACAACGACAAAGACACCUUAGACGUUGAGUCUCGCUCAUAA